AAAAAAAAAAAAAAAAAAAAAAAGAAAAAAAUUGAAAUAUUUGGCAAAACGCUCAUGUCAAAAUUAAUUUCAUCAUUUUACAAAUAAAAUAUAGCUGUCAAAUAAUGUCUCUCAAGAUUGUCAAACUUGGUGGUGUUCAACCCGAUGAGCUUGAGCUUACUGUUGCUCAAGCCCUUGUAGAUUUAGAGAGCUCUGUUCCUGAAUCAAGAUUUGUUACUAUUACAGCAGCCAAGGAGAUUGAGCUCGGUGGUGGUAAGAAGGCCAUUGUUGUAUUUGUUCCUGCUCCUAUUCAAAAGGCAGUUCAAAAGGUCCAAACUAAGCUUACUCGUGAGCUUGAAAAGAAGUUUUCAGACCGUCAUAUUGUGUUCGUUGCCCAGCGACGUAUCUUGGCUGUUCCUACUCGUCGUAACACUGGCAAACAACCUCGUCCCAGAUCUCGUACUUUGACUGCUGUUCAUGAUGCUAUCUUGGACGAUCUUGUGUUCCCUACCGAGAUUAUUGGUAAGAGACUUCGCCAAAAGGUGGAUGGUAGUAAGACACUCAAGGUAUUCCUUGAUACAAAGGAUGCUACCUCUCUUGAAUACAAGAUUGAUUCUUUCUCUGCAAUCUAUAAGAAGCUCACUGGUAAGGAUGUCACUUUUGAGUUCCCUGCUGCUGUUGAGUUCUAAGUAAUGAAAAAAAUAAAUAAAUAAUAAAAAACCGCGGUUAUAUUUU